GCGGUUGCGUUGGUGACCGCGGAAACAGAAUCUGUAAACAAACCAUGGAUCAAACAAACGCAGUGCAUUUAUUAAAACACAUGCGCUAGUUAAACAGCAGUGUUUCAGCUAAAAUGUUUAAAAAUACAUUCCAGAGUGGAUUCUUGUCUAUUUUAUACAGCAUCGGCAGUAAACCUCUUCAGAUUUGGGACAAAAAGGUGCGAAAUGGACACAUAAAGAGAAUAACAGAUAAUGACAUCCACUCCUUGGUGCUAGAGGUGGAAGGGACCAAUGUCAGUACUACUUAUAUAACAUGCCCUGCUGACCCAAAGAAGACACUGGGUAUCAAGCUCCCAUUUCUGGUCAUGAUUAUCAAAAACCUAAAGAAAUAUUUUUCCUUUGAAGUUCAGGUGUUAGAUGACAAAAAUGUUCGUCGGAGGUUCAGGGCAAGUAACUAUCAGAGCACGACGAGAGUGAAACCUUUUAUCUGCACGAUGCCAAUGCGGCUUGACGACGGCUGGAACCAGAUUCAGUUCAACCUGUCGGACUUCACCAGGAGAGCGUACGGAACCAACUACAUAGAGACGCUAAGGGUACAGAUCCAUGCCAACUGCCGCAUAAGGAGGAUAUAUUUCUCAGACAGACUUUACUCUGAGGAUGAGUUACCAGCAGAGUUUAAACUGUACGUGCCUGUUCAAAACCAGAAGGCAAAGCAGUAAAACUUCCCGACACAACCACUUCCACCUUGUUGUAAUGGAGUUUAAGUGUUUAUUUUCACAGAGUAACAAAAAAAUCUUCACAAUAAAAAUUA